AUGGCAGAUUCCUACUAUGAACUCGACCGUUUGGGAUAUGGUAUAGAAGACUCUCAAGACUCUCAAGACUCUCAAGGCUUUCAAAACUUUCAAGACUCUCAACACUUUCAAACUACUUCAUCAUCGCAGGAACCUCAAUUACCAUUUAUCACUCACCCUCACACUCGCACUACUGUUACUCGCAAAACCCGUUUCGUUUGUAUUUCCGAUACUCAUAAUGGUACCCCUCAUGGAUCAUUUAAACUUCCAAAAGGCGAUGUUCUCAUUCAUGCAGGAGAUUUUACAAAUCAAGGAAAUUAUAUUGAAUUGGAAAAAACUAUAAAAUGGAUUAAAGAAGCCGAAUUCGAGGCCAAAAUCAUCAUUGCCGGUAACCAUGACAUAACUCUCGACCCUUCCUUCUACUCCCAAUAUGGACUUUACUUCCAUAAUCAAAAUCCACAAGAUACCACCAAAUGUCAAGGAUUACUGGAUCGUUCGCCUUCAAUCCUAUACCUUAACCAUGAAGCGGCUGAAGUUUCUUUAGCAUCACCUAACGGUCCACAUACCACGUUUCGUAUUUUUGGCUCUCCUUUUUCCCCUGCAAAAGGAAUGUGGGCAUUCGGUUACCCUCAACCUGAAGCUUCAAAAAGAUGGGACGAUAUUCCACUAGAUGUCGAUAUAGUACUCACUCAUACACCACCCAAAUAUCACUGCGAUGAAAGGAAUGAUCGUGUCGCAGCGGGCUGCGAAUAUUUACGUCAAGCAUUAUGGAGAAUUCGUCCAAGGUUAGCGAUUUGCGGCCAUGUACAUGAAGGACGAGGUGCCGAAAUAAUACAAUGGGAUCUUGGAGCUUCGAAUAUUAAGUUCAAGGAAAAUGGUGUUAUUCGUUGGGAAGAUCCAGGUAAAGAUAACAAGAAGAUGUCCCAUAUCGAUUUGACUUUGAAGGGAAGAGUGGGAGAAAAUUCUUUCAAAAAUGAUGGAUCCAUGGGUGAUUGGGAAAAUAUGACAAGUUCAUCUACUGCUAAUUCUAGUAACCUUACAACAUCAACUGGAAGUGGCCUACCUCUAUCACCCGAAAACAUGACACCAACUCAAAAUAAAUGGCGGCGGAAGAACCCAAUGGCCAAAAUGGCAAUUUCGAACGUGACAAAGAGUUUACUUGCCAUACCUGAGGAAACACUCUUUUUGCCAGCUCGGGGACAAGGUGGAAUGCCACCAUCGUUACGUUGUGAUAUAGAGGCUCUUUCCGGACGAAUGGGUCGCCAGGAAACUUGUGUGGUCAAUGCAGCGAUGAUGGCUUCUAGUUGGCCACAUGGGAAAGGAAGAGGAGGGAAGAAGUUUAACAAACCAAUUGUGGUUGAUAUUGAGUUACCAGUUUGGAAAGAGGUAGAGUUGUGA